AUUCUUUCAGCGCCCCACUGUACAGACGCCCUUUAUGCAAUGGCCACCGAAGAUGCUGAUGGCAUGAAGGCCGUAUACCUCACAAACAUUGAUCUCGAGGCCUCGCAUUACUCGAAUUCCUCUACCGAGAACGCCGACAGCGACACAGAGGUCACUGCGGACAGCGGCAGCAGUUCAGAGUCUGAGGGCCAUGCCCUUCAUCCCUCAGAGCCUGUGCGUUGGUCUUGGGUGCGUCGCCGCGCCAUGAUCCGGGCAUCCUUGGCGGCUGUUCUGGCGCUCUUCGCAGUCUUGUGGCCGGUGUUGACUUUCUUAGUCAAUGGCCCCUGCGAAGCGAAGGAGUAUAGCGUCACAGCUUAUGUGGUGAUGGCCUACACCACCAUCAUGUCAUUGAUUUGCUUACGCCUCGUCAUCAACUCCGAAAUGACCUGGUGGCUUUCCUCCCCUUUCCUGGUCCUUUUGCGCUGGCACAUCCUGUUAGAUGCCAUCAAUGUGUGGCUCUUCCACAUCACCCUCCACCCACUCUGCACCUUCAGAGGGUUUUUGGCGGAUGUGCAUUUUUUUGGCUGGCUAAGCCUGGUGACGCAGAUGUUUUUCUGGAUGAACAAGUUCAUGGGUUUCUCCAUCAUCACAACGCACUUGGUGAUGUUGGAGCGUGCAUUUGACCGGUCAUUGGAAACCAAGUUCCUUCGGACGCUGUACAUCCCCUUCGCUUUAGGCCUGGUCACUGCAAGUGUGUUCCUUCUGGUCGUUCACAUCGGCAACGGCUUGGACUGGCUGCUCUUUGGAGUGGUGGUGAUCGAACUUUGCGUGGUGAUGUCGACCCUCUUCGUGGCUGUCUUGAUGACUCGUGGCUUCCUCAUGGCCCUGCGCUCGGCUCACAUGGAGAUGAGCUUCGGUGGCUCCCGCGCGCGUGGUGCGUCGGCAGCGGUGCAGCAGCUGGUCAACAAAGCGGUGCGAUUUUCCAAGCGCAUGGUGUGGGAGACGCCAUUGAAUUUGACUCUGGUGGCGCUGGCCUUUUUUUGCCACGUCAUGUGGAUUGUGAGCGAUCAACGUACAGAGGAAAAUGUGCUUGGAGGCUUUGACGAUCCCCCAGAGGUGAUAUUUGCAGUUGUUUGCAUGACAUCGCUGACCAACUGCGCCCGCUUCGGUUCCCUGCUCUCCUUAGUGGAGGUCUCCGAGGAGUCGACGACGGCGCAGCUGCGACGCACCAUGACCACCUUGGUGCGCACGGGCUCCGCCGCCUCGAAGCAGAGCUCCAUGAGCUUCAUGGAGAGCUGGCAGACGGGGCACAAAGAAUGGGACGAGAAGACCUUGGACCUCGCCAACCGGGCCAUCAGUCUCCGAGCCCUGCUGGAGUUCUACGGUACUCUCGGUGGCGAGCGCAUGCCUCAUUUCGAUCCAGCCAAACAUACCACCCAAGAUGUGGUCCGACAGGCGAUUAUCCCGUUAUCCUGUGGCAGUUCUCACGGAGAUUGUGCAGCUGCUAUGGUGCUAAUGGGCUCUGCCUGCCUGCCGGACCGCAUGGUGACCCAUAGCUGGUCCAACCUGUUUUCAUGUUUGGUGGCCGCUGUGGUGGCCGAUGCCCUAGAUCAACCCAGCUAUGAGAAGGUCUUGAGGGACCAGCGCUUGGCUCAGAGCGAGCUGCCGGCGCUCAGAGCGGAGCUCUAUUGGAAGAAGAAGUUGGACACCAAGUACUGGAUUUGUUGCUUCGCAGUGAAUCAGCACGCCGGCAUUUGCAGCUCUACCCCGCGGAUGGACCCGGUGACCCAGACCAUCCCCAAGCCGUGCACGUGCUCGCACCCGAAGUAUUGGAGUGACACAGCACCCUUGAGGAAUGGGCAGAGCGUGCGAUGUGAAAUGAACAAAUUUGACGAUAUGAUGAGUUGUUUGUCCGCCAAAAAUCAUCGCUUCGGGCAGCUCAUUGCGGUGGACACGGAUUUCAACCUUUUUACCCGCGCUUGGUGCGUGGCCGAGAUUCACCGCGCACAGCUGAUGGGCAUGCCCCAACGGAUGAGUAUUUACUCCGAAGCAAAUUUGAAGGAGCACGAAGGAUGGCUGCAACACUUGAAGGUGGAGACGAUGAGUGCGUCCAAUCCGUCGGAUACAGAACUGAUCCUGUCGAAGAUCGACGAUAAGCAGCAGUUCAACGAGGAGCUCCGGUCCUUGAUCUUCGAUGAAAAUGGAUUGAUCCAAGCGUGCCAUGCGGGCUUUGACAAGGUUGCGAUGCUGGGUGCUAUUGCUCAACGAGGAGCAACUCGCGUGGUGCGACACCGAUCGCAGCCGCAACCAACGCCUCGGGAUGAGCGGAGCGAGCCCAGUCGGAAUGGUGGCAGCUAGAUCCGCUCGGUGACACCCGGGCCGAUGGAUCUUAGGCCCAAAAAGUCAAGGAAUUCACUUCCCCUGGGUUAGCAAGAUGAGGAUUUGAACGAAGUUUUUUUUGUGUUUCA